CCGGAUCAACCCGUGAAGGCCCCAGGAGCCCGAAGGUUACCGAAAAAACUUGGUGCGACAAGAAGGGAGACGCCCCGGUCCCGGGGCUGAGCGAACAGAAGACAGCGGGUACCGUCGGGCAUUGGGGGCUUCCUCCGUGCCAAGAGGAGCAGCUGAGGGCGGGCGUCGUGGACGUCGUGGCGGAGCCCUUCCGCGUGUUGGAGGAGGUCCACGUGGACGCGGCCGUCGGCGGCACGGCGGGGCCAGCCGGCCGCGCGAGAGAGACGUUCGGGCCGCUGACCGAGCUGGGCGGCGGGGUGGCCGUGCCUCCCGAGGGCUUCUUGGCGCUGGAAAGCCCGCGUGAAUCUCGUGGACGACGCCGCCUCGCUGGCGCUGGCCGUGCAGGAGCUGUCGGCCCAGUCCGAGGGCCCCGAGUCGGACGCCCGGGCUUCAGACUCGGCCCUGACGCCAGUGCUGCCGGUUGUUGGUCUCGACGCGGAGUGGCGGCCAGAUUCCGGGGGCCAGGAGCAGUCAAGAAUGGCGGCCGGCCGAUCGCCACGACGCAGGAAAGGCGGUCGCCAGUAUCGCUGCUGCAGGUUGCCGUCCGCCGGAGCGUCUGGUUGUUCGACAUGGGUGCAAUCUGCGGCGACGGAGACCUAUCCGCGGCCGCCGCUUCUUUGCUCCGCGAUGUGCUCGAGUCGCCCGUCCUGCUCAAAGUUGGAUACGGCCUGGACAACGACCUCGGCCGCCUGGCUUACACGUUGCCGGAGGCGCUGCCUGACCGUGCGCGUGGUGUGCUGGAUCUUCGGGUUCUGGCGCCCCGUGCUCUGGCGGGCCCAGUCUCGGGCGGCCUGUCCGGGCUCAGCCGUGCAGUGCUCGGGAAGGGCCUGGACAAGACGGAGCAGGUGUCCGACUGGGCCCGCAGGCCCUUGCGGGAGGAGAGCAGCUGGUGUACGCGGCGCAGGACGCGCACGUGUGCGUCCGCCUGUUCGACGCGAUCUGCUACCGCCACGCAACGCUCGCGGCGGGGCCGCUGGAGCCCCUAGUGCGCGGCCUCGCGUCGGAAUGGCAGCGCGAGGAAAUGCGGAGGCGCAGGAGGAGGU